UUCAGGCUACUGGUGAAAAAAUAUCAGGCUCCAUAGAAAACCCACAGAGGUUUCGCGUCGGUCAAGAAACCUUGAUCCGAUAGCAAUGAAUGCCAUGACUCCUUUCUCACUGGCCAUUCUGCUGCCCUGCUUUCACUCCACCUUUGCCUCCCAGGCCAUGUCUGCCAUGAAAAUCUCAUCAUCAGGUGAUGCCUUGCAGGAGCAUCUCGCCCAGAACAUCCAUGAAGCGCAAAGUCUGCUGGCUGAUGAUAGUCACUACGAUCAACCUAGCUCUUUUGGUCCCAAUUCUGGCAACUUUGGCCCGGGAAUCCCGGGAAGUGCCAACAUGGGACCAGUGAUGGCAUCACCCCAGGCAGCACAGAUGGGGGCGCAGGGCAAAGUGGACUUCGACUUGACAGCGUUCCAGAUGUCCUUGCCAUUGGAUGCAGGAAUUCGAUUGGAAUCUGAUGAUGGCGUGUGGUUCUCCUCAAAGGCAAAGUCGAGAGAUGACAAAAACUACGAUACAAACAGUGUUCUGAGUAUUCCAUUGAAAAUCUACGACAAGAUCACUGGAAGCGGGUGAGGUUUGGAUCACUGUAGCAUCCGCAGUAGGCAGAGGCGGGCUGAGGCAACCACAAUCAAGGAUGUACCAUCCAUAUCUAUUCACGCGCUUGCAUUUUGAACAUGCAGUUUCACAAGCGAUUUCAGGAGUUGUGCCAGUGAAAAGCUGCCAGAUCUGACUUUCUCAGCGCAGAAGAUCCAUCUGUAAUGUGGUCCCUGAAAAAUGGGGAUUUCCCAUGGCUUUUCU